UAUAUAUAUAAAUACAUGAUCAUCAAACAUAACCCUUGAAAAUAUUAAUCCUAACAAUUAAUAUUCAACAAAAUAUUCUCUAUAUUUUUCGAAAAAUGUCUAGCUCAGAUUCAAAAGCACAAAUGUUAAGCCCUUUGCUAGUAAAAGCUGGAAUCCCAGCUGCUCUUUCUGUUGCAGCUUACAUUUGUGCGAAGAUCCUCUCGAAAAGAUCGAACUUUUCGACCUCAUCUUCAUCGAAUUAUACGGAACAAAUUUAUCAUGUUGAUAGCCUUAAUAAUGCAACUUCUUAUGAUCAAAGUAAUGAAGAUAAUGAUGCAUGUUUGCAAGUCUUAGGGCAUAGUAGUAGUAGUAACUUAGAAGACAAGUUACUAGAACUCGAAGAUCUUCGAAAGAGGGAAAGGGAAUUGAUGAGGCGAUUUCUUCAAUACCGAUCAAUGAAGGAGAAACAAUUUAUGCUAAUGGAGAUAAAGUCUAAGAUGGUGUUGGAAAAAGCUCGAGCCGAGUUCAUGUUGAAGGAGAUAUCAUUAGUAAAAGAGGAGAGUAAAAGGGUUGGAGGUUUGAUUUUGGAGUACAUUAGAGUUGUGAAUCUACUCGAAGAUUCGAACAAGGAAAAUGUGUUGCUUUACAGGAAAGCAAGGAAGUUAUGCAAAAGAGCAAGACAAAGGUUGAAGAUUGUAAGGGAGCAAAAGUUGAGGAUUGAAGCAAGAGAGGAAGAGGUGUUAAACAAUCAAGAAGAGGUUCAAAAAAAGGAUGAACUUAUUCAAGAAUUGGAGGAUGAAAUUAGUGAAAUGAAAGAGGUUAUUGAUCAUUUGCAAAGGGAGAAAAUUGAAGUCUCUAACAAGGUGGAACUUGGUGAAAAUUUAUGUUCUUCAAAUCCAAAGGAUGAGAUAGAAGGCGUGACAAAGGAGGAGCACGAAAAGGUCCUAAAAGAGAUAGAACAACUCGAAAAAGAUCGAGAAGUGGAGGCGAAUGAAUUAACAUACUUAAAAUGGAGCAACGCAUUCUUAAAGCGUGAAUUAUUGAGGUGCAAUGAGCUAAUUAACAAAGAUGAAAGCGGCCGGAACCAACCCACCGAGGAAUUCGAGUCGUUGGAAGAUCAUCAUCAUCAUCAUCAUCAUCAUCAUCAUCAUCAUCAGCACGGUGGUCGUGACACCGAUGAGUACAACACAAAACUAGCACUUUCAGGCCACGAUAUUGAUGAUGAUAAUGAGCCGUGUUUGGGUACUAAUAAUGGUAAUCAUCCUUCGAGAAGGCGUCGGUUUAUUCAGAAGGUUAAAAAAUGGGUUGAAGGAGGGAAAUUGGAUGAAAAAGAAAAGGAUGAUGAUGAUGAUGAUGAUGUUAAGUGUUUUGGUAAUAAGCAUUCCAGUUAUGAGGAGGCUCAUCAUAACUUGGUUGUUCAUCCUAGAAUGUCAUGCUCUAGUGUUUAGUACUACGUACGUCUUUAAUGCCUCUUUGUUAUGUGUUUUAAUUAACUGUUACUCCUUCGGUCACUUUUACUAUUAGUACAUUGUUAUUGUUUUUAA